AUGGGAAUAAUGGACAACCUGAACCUUGUUUCCUCAAAGGUCUCGCUGACUUUGGACCUCCCACCCAGCUGUAUUCAGUUCUGCCCCGCGCAUCCAGAGUUCUUUGUCGCUCAAGAGGAAGAUGAUGAGUCUGUAGCUGCAGCCAAGACUCCUCAGAGUCGGAAUGGCAGUUUGCUCGUUUUUAAGCUAAAUGGUACGGAGCUUGACCUAGUUCAAACCGUCUCACAACCAUCGGCCAUAUUGGAUCUUCGAUUUCACCCUUCUAAAGAAUCUGGGAAUAUCUUAGCCGUGGUAUCAAGCACAGGGACACUUGCAGUCUUCAAGUUGGACCCCACUCAGAAUGCUUCAUUGCCUCUGGAACACAUUGCGACCAGCCGAUGUGACGACAUUGGAGAGGAUGUCUUGUUCCUGCAAUGCAACUGGCAUCCUGUCAUACCGAGAUUGAUAGGAGUCACUACCUCUACUAGUUCUGCGAGAUUAUUACGUCUGGACGACAAGUUUUGCACCACUGAGCAGUAUACCGACCUGAAUAUCCCCAACUCUCUUGAGGCGUGGUGCAUCGCCUUUUCUCCAGGGACAGCCGAGUCGGAUCACGAAAAGGCCCAGGUGACGGCAUACUGUGGCGGAGAUGACUCCAUGCUUCGCUAUACAUCAUGCAUCUGGGACACAAAGGACCCGGAUUCACCUUGCGAGGAGCCUUAUCUUCCCAUGACGAUCAAAGGAACUCAUACUGCAGGCGUCACAGCGAUCCUACCGCUUCCCCUGUUUGUGAAAGACCAUGGAAGAGUGGUUGUGACGGGAAGUUAUGACGACCACUUGCGCGUCUCCAUCAUCCACGAUCUUCACGAUACCUUUGGAAUGAAGAGAGUUGAGCUAGUGCUGGAGGAGAACCUUGGAGGUGGAGUCUGGCGACUUGACUUGGUGAGUAUCAAAGAAGGCCCAGGAUCUAUCAAAGUGCGGAUCCUCGCAUCAUGCAUGCACGCCGGUGCCAGAUUGAUAGAUCUGGAGGUCAAAGAAGAGAAGGACUGGACUUGCACUGUGCUUGCAAGAUUUCAAGAGCACAAGAGCAUGAACUAUGGGAGCGACUUUGUGCGGGAGGAGGGCGCUAGUGAUGGGCUGCGGUGCGUGUCAACCAGCUUCUAUGACAAGUUGCUUUGUCUAUGGGAAUAUGUGCCGCAGUCAUGA